AUGUCUGCUAACCAACAGAAGGGAUUCGGGGGUGGGAUUCCUGCACACUCUCAGCAUCUUCCAGGGAGCCAAAAAGAUAUGCCUAACCCCAAACCAGAAGUUAGCCGCCUCGAAGGGCCUGGUGGGAAACUCUACGAAUACUGGGGCGUCGGAAAACUAGGUGGCAAGAAAGUUCUAAUCACGGGCGGAGAUUCCGGAAUCGGCCGCUCAAUCGCCGUCCUCAUGGCCCGUGAAGGAGCGGACAUCAGCAUCGUCUACCUCGCUGACGAAGAAGCUGAUGCCAAAGAAACCAAAGCUCUUGUCGAAAAGGAAAAGCGCAAAUGUCUGCUCAUCCCGUUCGAUCUAACCCAGUGGAAGAUCUGCAACACCGUCAUUGAUGCCCACGUCCAAGAGUACGGCAGGAUUGAUGUCCUCGUCAAUAAUGCUGGGAAGCAAGAGAUGGAAAAUGAUUUUGAGAAGAUUAAUUUGGAUACUGUUGAGUCGACCUUCCAGGCCAACAUCUUGCAGAUGUUCGCUAUCACCAAGUAUGCUCUGCCGCAUAUGCACAAAGGAUCCAGCAUCAUCAACUCGACUUCCGUUGUCACCUUCCGUGGAACUUCUUCAAUGAUCGACUAUGCUUCGACGAAAGGAGCCAUUGUCGGCUUCACUCGCUCAUUAGCCAAGAACCUCAUCAAGAAGGGAAUCAGAGUCAAUGCUGUAGCUCCCGGACCGGUCCACACACCCCUUCAACCAGCUAGUCGACCUGCCGAACAAAUGGAAGGAUUCGGCGAAGGUACCCAACUCGGACGUCCAGGUGAACCAAGCGAAGUCGCUCCAAGCUAUGUCUUCCUUGCGAGCAAUGAGUCGGAAUUGUAUCACGGUCAAAUUCUUCAUCCAUAUGCCCUUGGCGAUUAA